GCAAAUCCAGAUUUAGGAUUUAUUUAGGAUAUAAAGGACGAAAUAGAUAAAGUUCAAUGCUACAAACAUAUAUUUUUUAUAUAUUAGGUCUUGAAAAUUGAUCGAAUAUUAGAGACAUACUUAUUUUUGAUCUAUUCUCGCAACUUGAUCAUAACGAGAACGGUCGAGAACGUAAUCGCUGUAGUUCAAACGUUUACUAAAUUGUAUGGUCAGUUUGAUUCUCUUCUACGGUUCUAGGAUACGUAACUUUCUAACUACUUGAUAGCUGCAAAUCGAUUACAUACAUUAAGAAUGUAUCACGCGGGAAUCAGGAAAAUCGCCGAAUGUAAUUUUAUAAAAUUGCAAACGAGUAGCCACAAGUUGGCGCAGUUGAAAAACUGUUACCGUUGACUAUUCGUUGGUACGAUAGAUACCAAUUUGCUCGGAAUUGCUGCUAUUUCUAUAGGACAAUGACAGAACAAGUAGAGCUCUAUAGAAAUUAUGCUCGUUUCGUUAAGCGUUUGGUUCUUCUUGCUGGAAUAUGGCCGACGACAAGAAAAGAAAGUUCUUAUUUCUAUCGGCAGUUACCAAUUUUAGCCGUAUCAUCGGGUGUUAUUAUGUUUCUUGGUGUAUUGCGAUUCUGUCAAGAUAAUAUCGGAAAUUUGGGCCUAUUCACAAAAGGUCUAAGCCUCGUAGGAAGUUUCUCUUUGAUAUCAUUGAAGGUACAUUUCAUAUUUCAAACGUUGGAUUCCUUUAAGGCUCUGAUGUUUUUUAUAUAUCGAAAGCAGCUUAGUGAACUGAACGGUAUCCUUGAUCCAAUGUUCGAGAAAACACUUGAAAAUCCACGACUGAGACCUAUACUUUUGUCACUAUUGAAUCUCUUUCGUUACUUCACUUAUAUUUUUUACGUUUUAAUUACUAGUACCUUGCUAUUAUAUAUCUGUACUCCGCUUAUAUUCAUAGGAUACGAAGCAAUCAAGGAUAUACGUCCUAGACGAUACGGUCUUCCAUUUCCAACGAGUUUUCCAUGGAUCGAUGGGACUCCUGGAAUAUAUUAUCACAUAGAAUAUCUUUUCGAAAUACAAUUUGGUUGGUUCGCCAUAUUUGUAACAAGCAGUGUUGAUUCUUUAUUUGGAUUCUAUAUCUUUCAAAUAGUCGGACUUUUUCGAGCCUUAUCUUACGAAUGUGAAUAUUUCGCGCAAUCGGCUGAGGAUUUACGCAAUAUUCUUCAUAAUUGCAUUAAAAAACACAUUGAACUUUUACACUGUCGCAAUAUUAUUCAAAAUGUUUACGGACCGAUCGUAUUCAAUUUGGUCUUGACCAGUGCGACGGUCUUAUGUGCACUAUCGUUCCAAAUAUUUAAGGUAAAAUCAAUUUAUGCAAUAAUAUUUCUCUUAAUAAGAAAAUACUUUUCUUUUCCUAUUUUUUUUUUCUUUUUUUUUUUUUUUAAUAAAUAUCUGUUAUAUAUUUUAUUUCAUAAUGUAUUUCGAAUUAGAAAAAUAUACUUUUCUUAUGCGUUGAAGACAGAAAUGACAGUGUCAAAAACUCUUUUAUUCGUUGUUUAUGGUGUAAUGAAAGGAAUACAAACUUUUAUGUAUGCUUGGUAUGGAAGCAUCAUUAUAUCCGAGGGUGAAAAUUUUCGCAGAAAGAUAUAUUGUUGCAAAUGGUACGCAUAUGGUAAUUUAUCUAUUAUGAAAAAGAUUCUUCUUAUAUUAACACAAAAACCAAUGGUAUUGGUAGCAUGUCAUUUUUUUUCUAUCUCAUUAGAUAUGUUUCUUAAGGUAACCAUAAUAUUUACGAUCUUAUACGUCAUACUUGAUGUAAAUCAUAAAAUAAGUCUAAGAUUAUAUAUGACUUAUUUUUCAGAUUAUCAAUACGUCAAUAUCUUAGAUGAUAUAAUAAGGAGUAAUAAAAGAACUUUUUCAUUAGUUAUGCAGAUGUUGAUAUUAGAUAUGAAUUAUAAUUAA